ACUGCAGUUGGAGUUGCUCAUGUGUGCACUCACCUCUGUGCUCCUCUGCAAGGAACAUGCACGAAAAGCGUGGUUUGUUUUUUGCAUCAUAAAGUCAACUUUUAAAGGACUUGUUGUGAGUUCAUGUCGAAGCGCAAGACUGGAUGUGAAGAAGAAGAAGUUUGGAAGUGCAGAAGCAGGCUCAGCUGGAUGAGGAGAUCAUGAGGUUCACACAGCACACGGCCGUCAUCCUGCUGCUGGUCUUCCUCACGCAUGAGGCGACCGGCAGAUUUCCUUUGUGCCACUUCUCCUGGGAGAUGAAGAAAGCGAGCCAGGAGUGUCGAUCUGGCCUGCAGCAGCUCACAGCGCCCCCAACAGGAUGUGUCGGCGAGUGGGACAACGCUUCGUGCUGGCGCAGUGCGGUGGUGGGCGAGGUGGUCACCCAGCCGUGCCCCGUUCCCCUCCUGCACCUGUUUGGGAAGAAGGGUAACCUGAGCAGGAAGUGCACCCAGCGAGGUUGGUCAGACGUUUAUCCCGUCAUCGCUGCCGCCUGCUCGUCCAACGACACCGACCAACCCAACGAGCUUGUGUUCUACAAAGUGGUGAGGGUUCUGUCCACACUGGGCCACAGCUUGUCUCUCAUAAGUCUACUCAGCAGCACCGUCAUUAUCGCUCUCUUCAGGAGGCUGCACUGCAUGCGGAACUACAUCCACGUCAACCUGUUUGUGUCCUUCAUGCUGAGGGGCGUGGCCGUGCUCACCAAAGAUCUCCUCCUCUUCUCCGACGAGGAGGAGGACGCGCUCGACUGCAGCGUUCAGCCCUCGCUGGCGGGCUGUAAGAGCAGCAUGGUGUUUCUGAACUACUCGAUCAUGGCCAACUUCUUCUGGCUGCUGGUGGAGGCGCUCUACCUCCACACGCUACUGCUGGUGGUCCACACGCGCUGCGCACGACUCUCCGUCUACGUGCUGAUUGGCUGGGGAAUUCCGUGCAUGUUUACGGUGGCGUGGAUCUUAUGUCGGAUACACCUGGAUGACACCUGGUGCUGGGAGAGGAACAACAACCCCGUCCCCAGUAGAGUGCUGGACUGGCCCAUCAUGGCGUGUGUCGUUGUGAACUUCAUCCUGUUCAUCAGCAUCAUCCGCAUCCUGGUGCAGAAGCUGCGCUGCACCGACGUGGGCGGUAACGAGCAGUCGCAGUACAAGCGUCUGGCCAAGUCCACCCUGCUGCUGAUCCCAUUGUUCGGGAUCAACUACGUGGUCUUCGUCCAUCUGAUGGAACCCACUGAUAAAACCAUGCAGCAAGUCAAGAUCUUCUUUGAACUGGGACUCGGAUCCUUCCAGGGUCUCAUCGUGGCCGUGCUGUACUGUUUCCUCAACUGCGAGGUCCAGUGCGAGCUGAGGAGGAUGCGGAGGAGCUUGUCCCUCAAGCGUUACGCAACCAGUCGGGAGUUUAGGCCGCGCGCCGCCUCGCUAGGCCCCAACGACGCCGAACACUCGGCCCCGUUCCCCAGGAACUCCCGAGCGGCGUCCAUCUUGCAGACAGAGACCUUUCUGCUGUGACCACAACGCCCCUAAAGGUUCCUCUAACAAGAACUUUAUUGUUUUUCCGUACAUAUGUUGUGAUAUAAACUAGGCCGGGCUCGAAAGAUUAAUCGGCCGAUAUUAGCGCUUUUCAAAUCGGCUAAAAUCGGCCAAUUUUUGAAGAUUGUUUUUUUUUUUACACAUUACACAAUAUGACAAAGAAAUUCAAACAAAAGUUCCCCCCCAAAAGAUUUUUACAAAUUUAAUAAUAUUUGCCGAUUUCUCUCUCUAUUGUAAAGUUAAAAAAAUGCUAAAGGACAUAGUAUUGCUCUUCCUGUAUUUAAUAUCUUUAUCGUUGUAAGCAAUAAGCGUUGAAAUAUGUUAUUCUAGUCAUUAUAUAUUUAUUUAUAUAUUUGUUAUUUUAUACAUCGAUCGAUUAAUUGACUAUUGAAAUUUUAUUCGACCAAAUAUCGGAAUCGGCCUCAAAAAAUCCAUCAUGGUCGGACCCUAAUGUAAACAUCUUAUCAUCACACGUGAAUGUCAUACAGCACAAACACUUAGAUAGUUAUUGAUUAUUAUUGCAUGUUAAGAUGUACUUUUUUUUAUAUUUUAAUCAUUUAUUCCCGCCACUUACGGCAACUAUUAAAAUGUGAUUAACUGCAGUAAGCGCUCAGUUUAUUGUUUAUGACUGCUGCUUGGAAUUAUUGGUGAUUAACAUAUUCAUUAAAAUAAAAUCUCCAAUUUUGUUAACAAAAAUCAAAUUUCUGAUUUUAAUAGAUUUUGUCUCCUUUGCUUAUCUAAAAAGCCAAAGACAAUUCAAAUCUAGUUUUGCUUUUUGUUUCAUUUUUUUCCCUUCUUUUGUCUUUAUUUCUCCUGCUACGAAACAAGAUUUUAAACUACUUUCAGAAAAAUAAUAUAAAUAAAAAUGUGUUCCAAAUGUAUGUAAAUACAAUCUUUCAUAAAUUCAUAUUUUGAAGAUUAAAACAAUUUAACAUCCUAAAAUGAGCCAUCACCCAUCGAGUUUAAUUCGUUCCGUGACCAAGCUUGUAACUUAAUUUACUUCAAAAUCAACUCUGUUUACCCUAAUGAAAUGAAGACAAAUGCCAGUAAUCUCCUCUAGUCGCCCCCCCCCCCCAAAAAAAAAAACCAACACCAUGCCACGUUUUUAAUAAAAAAUAGCACUGUGAUGUACAAAACAUAAUCAAACAGAAUGCAAAGAGAUACACAGUUUUUGUAAAGUACGUGCUGUAGUAUUCGUGUGAUAGGCGUGUGCCUUUAAGGGGCGUGGCCUUGUUAGUGGUAUCAGGAGCAGGAUUAUCUUACUCUGCGUGUGAGCGUGAGUUGUGGUCGACAGCAGCUCCUUGCGAGUGCGCUCAUUUUGCAUUUGCGUGUUUGUCCCGUUCUGUUUACGGGCGGCGAGGAUUCAAACCCCCAACCUCCAAACUGUGAGGCAAAUGUGUCAACCAUUCUACCACUGUGCAGUCUUCAAAUGUGAAUAAAAACGCCAGACAAGUUUUCGAAUA